UUGGAAGUGACACUGAAGCUAGUCGCUGGCUGGAUGCAAGGAUUUUCUGGCUGAAUUAAAUGCAAGCGGGCGGAUAACCUGAACGCGACAAGAUAAACGACCAUGGCUGCGGCAAUAACUGACAAUUAAAGACGACGUUUCUCUUGAGUUUGAACUGACAAUUCCGAGGCUGGUGCUGUCUGCGCACGACGGCGGCUCGUUUCUCCCUCGGACGGCUGGACUCGGCUCCAGCACCAGGUCGGGCGCUACAGUGCGGUCUUGGCUGCUGUCUUGCAGAGAUUCCAUUAUGGCAGACAGCAUCAUGAGCAAGGCUGCCACCAUGGAGAUCCCCAUUAACAGCAAUGGGGACACGGGGACUCUGACAGAGGAUGACAGCCUGGAGCAGGACUUGCAGCAGGUGAUGGUUUCCGGACCCAACCUGAAUGAAACCAGCAUUGUUUCGGGAGGUUAUGGAGGACCUGCAGGGGGCAUCAUUCCAACCAGCUCCAUCAAAGGGCCUGCAAUUCGCUUCAACCCUGAGUAUCUGGACAGAAGACGAGCCGCGGCACCCGGACCAGACAUUCGCAUGAAAUCCAGGGGUGCUAGCUUGCCUAACAGCCAGUCUGCAGCCAGUCGACUUGCCCAACAGACAGACCAGCGUCCAGGGUCAUCAAACCAUAACUCAAAUAGUCCAAGUGAAGAAGUUACCCGAGGUGUGGCGGUGGAGAAACUGGAUAGUGUCAAGAAAUGGGGCAUAAACACAUACAAGUGUACCAAGCAGAUGUUUUCUGAGCGCUUUGGCCGUGGCUCUCGAACGGUAGACCUGGAACUAGAGGCCCAGAUUGACGUGUUGAGAGACACUAAGAGCAAGUAUGAAAACAUCCUAAGACUGGCCACUGCACUCAUUGAUCAUUUUCAUAGCAUGGUGCAGACGCAACAGGCUUUAGGAGACACCUUCACCGACCUCAGCCAGAAGUCACCAGAGCUGCAGGAUGAAUUUGGUUAUAAUGCAGAAACACAGAAGCUGUUGUGUAAGAAUGGCGAGGCUCUGCUAGGCGCCAUUACCUUCUUCGUUUCCAGUAUCAACACCCUGGUCAACAAAACAAUGGAGGAUACUUUGAUGACCAUUAGGCUAUAUGAAAAUGCAAGACUUGAGUUUGAUGCCUACCGAUCCGAUCUGGAGGAGCUGAGUUUGGGCCCCAGGGAUGCAGCGACCAUGGUCCGCAUUGAGAUGGCUCAGCACGACUACCAAAUACACAGGGACAAAUAUGAAAGACUGCGCAGUGAUGUCACCAUCAAACUCAAAUUCCUGGAAGAAAACAAGGUGAAGGUGAUGCACAAGCAGCUGCUCCUCUUCCACAAUGCGAUCUCGGCUUACUUUGCUGGCAACCAGCAGCAGCUGGAACAAACUCUAAUACAGUUCAACGUGAAGUUAAAGCCCCCAGGAUCAGACAAGCCGUCCUGGCUGGAGGAGCAGUAAAGAUUUUCGGGGCUCAGCGGUUCGAUGUUGUACAGUGAGAAGCUGGUCAGUGGAGAACAUGACAUUAUGGUUAUACGGACAAGAGGAAAAUGUAUAAUGGAGUAUAUUGUAGGAUCAGUAAAGUCCCGUGAUAAAGAGAAACAACGAGGAAUCGGUUUUGUAAAUUGUUUUCAGUAUCACUUAUUUUACAUAGAUGGAAUUUUUUUCGUGAAGUCAGUGUACCUGUCGUUACUUUGCUACUCUUUAGGUACACAAUCAUUAACAUGUAUAUCACCUCUCACUAAUGUACAGUAGAGUCUGCUAUUGUGGAGAUUCCCCUUUGCUGUUUUGCACAUACAUUAUUUUAGUCGUUUUUUUUAAUGUUGUCUAAAGCAUUAUCUUUAUAAUCUAAUGUUAAAUUCCAUGGGAGGAAUUCCACAAAUCACAUUAGAACGUUUGUGGGAUAGUGUCAAAAAUGUUAUUGUAAUAUCCACUGAGAUUGUAUUUAUUUUCAUGAGUAGGCAUGACUGAACCAUAUUCUUCAGAGUUCAAAUCAAAGCCAUUAGGAUAAAGCGUUGUUGCCAUAGUUAUCCCACUACAUUUCUGAUAUCGCUUUGUGGAAUACCUGCCUGAAUGGUCAGUUUACAGUUUACACGAUUAGAAGAGGGAAAAAAAUAUAAAUAUAGUGGAUAUAGUGGUUUUUCUCUAACCUAAAAUUCAAUCCAUAAUUAAUUAGAUCUCCUAAAUGUUUGGUUCCUUCAGAUAUGUCUGUAAGAAUCCAGCACAGUUUCGAGUAUCUGUCUUUUUUUUAAUGCCAGAGUUUACACAUGAAAUCAAGCCUCAAAACCCCAUAAUGAAUACGAACAUCUCAGUUAUCAUAAUCCAAAUCAAACUACGAUAGCCAGUGCAUGAUCGUGUUUGCCUGUGUUUCCAAAAGCAGGUGCCGGUGUUUGAGGCUCAGGUUUUGAAGUCUUAAUUUUCAGAACAUACACAGGGAACGGGAAUGAUGAACACACAUGAUUACACAUGUGCUUUAGGUGAAAAUGCCAAUAUCAACGUCUCUUCUCGGACAGAAUGUCUGUGUACAUUUUUCUUGUUUUAUUUAUUUACCAUUUAUCCGUUUGUAACAUAUAUGUUACGUAAACUUCUUUUAAGUUCUAGUUUGCAGAUUGUCUUCUGUCUUGUUCAGCAUUUCCAAUAAAGUGGGCUGGAUGUGUUGUUUCACGUAGCUGUGCAUUUGACACAAUUCUGUCAGUUUGACAUGGGAAGCUAUCACAAGAGUAUGUAUAGAAAACUCACAAUGUAUGUAUUAUGUAUGUAUAUGGCAAUACAGUCUGAUAUAUCUCCAA